GCCCGCGCGCCCGGGGUCUGCCAGGUUGUCUUCGAGGCCACCUGCGCCAUCACCCUCCCUGGAGACCAGCUUUGCGUGGUCGGUGACUCGGAGGCGCUCGGCAACUGGGACCCGCACCGGGGUCUGGUCCUGCAGACGGGCCCCGAGACCUUUCCGGUAUGGAGCGGCUCGAUGUGGCUGUCGCCCUCCGCCUGGAAGCUCGUGGUGCUGCGCGCCGGCGGCGGCGUCGAGUGGGAGCCAGGGCCCUGCUGUCGGCCGCUUGGCGGCAGAGGUGGCGUCGCAGCGGACGCCCAUGCCCGCGGCAUC